UAUAAACAACAUUCUUGACAAUAUGAUGCACCCAUACUUUGUUGCAAGCUUAAUUGUCGGUGGUGCCGUUGUUUGCUAUACUGCAUAUAUUCUUUACCAAGAGUUUACGGAAAUGCCACAAUUUGUUUUCAAUGACGGACCAAAAACUGAUAGAGAUACUAAAUGGCGUAAUGGCCAAACAAACGGUUACCAGAGUAGUGACGACGAGAGCUUGUCUAUUGUUGGUUCUGAAGAGAAAUCUGGUAUUAGGAGAAGAAAAAGAUCAAAAGACAAAAGCCGAAGAAAUUUAAGCAAUAAAAAUCAAAGUGAUGAUGAACAAGAACUGCUGGACAGGCUAUCAUAUUUGAACGCAGUUGAGCAAGAAAUCGAACGCAAAAAACUACAAUUAGCAAAUGAAGAACGCAUCCUUAGUGAAAGAGAACGUGAGAUCGAAAAGAGAAGACAAAAUUUGUCACAUUCUACUCGUUCUAGUCGCUCAAGCUCACACUCUGACUUAUGGCAGAGUAUAAAUUCGCCGAUUGGUGUCACACACUCUAAUCAUUCUACAAUCUCCACUUCUACCGUGGAUGACGAUCAACCAUUGAUAAUUGGAAAUCCGGAUGUUAAUUCUUUGAACUCUGCCCCACCCACUGUUAAAACGACUAGUUCUGUGAGCGAAGAAUGA